CCUCGCGUGGCCAACGGCUCUCUCCGCCGACUGCUCGCCGCUCAUUGAAUAGCCGCACUCAGCCUGCUCGGCUCGAUUUAGUGAAAUAAUUUGGAGCAAACCAGCUCGGACUAGCUCAUUUAACACCUGCUAUCCGCCACUCACUUCCCCGACUUUCUGUUUGUCUUCACUGCGGCGAUAGGGCGUGCUUUCCUAGGCUCGCUGGCUGGGUUUGGUCGGGGAGGCAGGGGGAAGUACGGAGCUGGUCCCGAGUGAUGAUGGAGCUGGAGUCGGCCAGCAACAGAGGCGAACUGGGAGCUGUGGGGGACUCGCUGCAGCCACAGACUCCCAGCAGGCACGAAAAGAGCCUCGGACUGCUCACGACCAAGUUUGUGACUUUGCUACAGGAGGCAAAAGACGGAGUGCUGGAUUUGAAAGCGGCUGCAGAUACAUUGGCUGUGCGGCAGAAACGACGUAUCUACGAUAUUACUAAUGUGUUGGAGGGAAUUGGACUGAUAGAGAAGAAGUCCAAGAACAGCAUCCAAUGGAAGGGUGUAGGUCCAGGCUGCAACACCAGAGAGAUAGCUGAUAAACUGAUUAAUCUGAAGGCGGAGCUAGAUGACUUGGCUCUCAGGGAAAACGAGCUGGACCAGCAGAGAGUAUGGGUCCAACAGAGCAUCAAGAAUGUCACAGACGACUCCAACAACAGCCCUAUGGCCUAUAUAAAACACGAAGACCUCUGUGGAGCUUUCAAAGGUGACACACUCCUAGCAAUCCGUGCUCCCAUUGGCACACAGCUAGAGGUCCCCAUACCAGAAUCUGUCCUCAAUGGACAAAGGAAAUACCAGAUCCGUCUCAAGAGUUCAACUGGUCCCAUUGAGGUUUUGCUGGUAAAUAAGGACCCGUCCAGUGCCUCUCCUGUUGUUUUACCCGUCCCUCCUCCAGACGAUGUCCUUCAAAGCCUCCCAGCACCGACACCUACCUCCCAGCUGCCCACUGCUGUGUCCCAGGUCCCAAAAGCAGCUUUAGCAACUUGUACAAAACCUGGUCCUCCCACAACGUCAACUACAGUAGCUAACCAGACAGCGUCAGUGACAGAAGUGACGAGCACCACACCACUCACCCCUACAACAGAUACAUCUGCAGUUACUCAGCAACUACAAUCUUCUGCCUCGUUGGAUGGAUCUGCUUCCUCUGCUGCCUCUGCAGUGUUUGAACCAAUUAAGUCGGAUCCAUCUGAAUUGCUGGACUUUCCCAAAGAGCUCUCUGAUAUGUUUGAUCCAACAAAAGAGAUCAUGAGUGGAGACCUGUUGGAGGACUUGAUGUCAUCAGAAGUGUUCUCGCCUCUCCUUCGUUUGUCCCCUCCACCCAGUGAUCACGACUACAUAUACAACCUGGAUGAGACAGAAGGCCUGUGUGACCUCUUUGACGUCCCCAUUCUCAACCUCUGACCUCUAAGAUUGUUGUCAGAGCGGGAAGCAUUCUCCCAAAUAUGCUAAUCUACCUUAAUUUUCUCCCAAGAUGUCCCCUUCACUGACAGUGAAGGUGAAAGGUGGUGCAGGGAAGCUGGUGUUAUCUGAUGAGCAUUCAAGGACACCUCUGCACUGACAUGGUGAGCUCAAGCUGAGCUCAGUCAGACAGUAGCUCGAUGUACAGCAUCGGGAAGAAAUGCAGGCGAGAACAAAACAUUUUACUUACUGCUUUUCUAAGGAAACAUUGUCAAAACAAAUAAUUAUAUUUUUGGAUGGUUAUGUAUGAUAAAACGAUAAUGUUUGUGUUUAAGCUUUCCUGUGUGCGGAUGUGUACGAGCAUACUUGUGAGCAAGUAUGCGUGCGUGUGUGUGUGCUUGAGUUUUGUAUUGAACGUUCUCUUAACUUGAGUCAGACGUCUCCAGUAAAACAAAAGAAGUCCUUUUCUUAUCAGGUAAAGAAUCAUGGCAGACUAACAGAGCACAGCCUUUAUCACCCGGCAGCUGCUCAUGCAUGGCUCAAGUCCAAACACAGCUGGUUAAAUAUGCACUGUCCUCAUGUACAUAGAGAAUAUAUAUUUUGUAUUACCAGCACAUAAAUCUAUGGUGUAAUCAUGAACUACAUUUCUACCACAGGCAGAGCAAUAGUUUGCAAAUAAACAAAGGUACCAGAUUUAAAAAUCUUACUGCAUGUAUGAAGUGCUUUGUUUGAAAUAAUGGAAAUUGUCCUAUUUAAAACCUUUCAGUGUUUUAAGUGUUUUACUGUGCCAGCUAGAAAAAAGAGGAACUUAAUGUUGAGUUGCUGAAGCCAAUACACCUUAUGACAUAAAGAGCCAAGCACCAAAACAAUGCGGGGGUAUUAGGGGGGGUGAGUUUUAGGAUAUUACUAUUUUAAAUCAACCGUUCAGGUCAAUAAGGUGCUUGUUCAAAUUUAAAUAAAGCCUCUUAUACUCCACAUUAUGGCCGCCUUGUCUUUUUAACUGGUUCAGAAUUGGCACUUGUACACUUUAGUGUUUAGUGAUAAAACUACGCUUGCUUUGGGUUUAAUUUUUGCCCCUGGACUUUUGGACUUUGCAGAUUUUUAUUGGCUCUGUUUUUUAUAUAUGACUUAACUGGUGUAUGUCAGAGGAAUGGCUCCCCCCUCUCCAAAAUGACUUUCAAUUAUUAUGUAUGUAUAUGAAUACCAUUGUACUGAGUUCAUUUUUAUGUAAAUGGAUAUGUAUGUAUUUCUGAUGUAUUUUUACUGAAAAUAGUCACCAUGCCAUGAAAAAUGCUCCUAUUAUUGCUCAUUUUUGUAUAUUUGGCACAGAUCCCUAUUAAGUAGUUUAUUGUUUUGUUUUACCAAUGUUCUCUCUGUUUCUGAUAAAUGAAAUACUGUCUUUCACUCUAAAUUUAUUUUUCAACUCUAAUCAUUCUCUCUGUGCAGGGGGGCAGAUGAGUAGCAGUUCAGGAUGAGUUGUCAGGCUGUAUUCAUAUUUCUACACUGCUUUCUUCUUUUUUGUGUAUUAAUGUGCUGUUUUGCCCUGGAUGUCAUGUAUGUAUGUAUGUAUGUACUGUGUAUAUCCCUCUCUACCGCUUGUAUAGAAUAGCAUUUAUUUUUUAUACCUGAUAGAUAUAUUAUUACUGCUACUAAUUUGGGGCUAAACUUCAUAGUUUAAGGACUUGAUCCACAAAACUUUCUUCAUCAAAAGCAUCUGGUCUCAAUGUUGCACUUCACUGUACGUGAACAGAUUGGUUGCUACUCCUUGAUCUUCCUUGAUCAGUAGCCAGUCGUUGUGUUUGGACAGUGUUGUGAGUUUGCCUAAUCCUUCAGUAGAGCAGCCAGGGAGUUCAACAGUACUGGGUUGAAUGAAUGGUGUGUGAAUGUGAGAGAGAGAUUCCAUCCUACAGACUGUUUUUAACAGGCUCACUAUUGCUAAGCUGUAGUUGCAUCAAAUGAGUCAAAAUAAACACUUUGGUAUUCUUUG